CCCCUGAACUUCCUUUUAAUUUGUGCGCUUACGCCUUCCCCCGUGACCGUCACAAAUUUGGUGGAGAAGCAGGGUAUUCUCCUGCCGAAUCAAGACUGUCGUAAGCAUGGACACCGGAAGGCCAAACGAUCCCUCUCCUGACCAGCCUCGCCUCGAAGCCGACGGCUGUGAGAUGCCUACGGGACGAACGGAGCUGAGUCGAUGGACGUCAGUGUCACUGACGCGGACUCGCCGCGCGCGCUGCAGCGCAAACGAGACUUGGAUUACCGAAUCCAACAUCACGCGAACUUACCCGAGCAACGCGAACCUGAAAAGCGCACCCGCGCUGAGCAAGGGGCCCCGAUGCCUUCCUCGUCGAAGAAUUGAUCGACGACCUGUUCUAUUCGGACUCCACCUCGGGUCACGGAAUAAAUCACUCGAUCGGCGACAGCGAGGAGUCUCUUGAACCUCGAAGCCCUUCGGAGGAAGUCGCAACCCUGCAACCAGACGACGGGCAAGCACACCCGCACUCUCGGCGCAAGACCAAGUCUUCGACGAGACUCUCAACUUCGACUUGGAUGAAGGAUCGGCCUCCGUAGCGACAUCAACCUCGAUAACCGGGCAUGAUUCGGGCACGGAUUUCCGAUUGGAAACCGCGUUCGAGCCUGGAUUGAUGACGCCUACGAGCUCAGACAUGGACUUGUCGACCGCUCCCGACUCCGUACUUGUACCUUCGAACACGAGGGCCAUUGUCCGUCGUCCAGCCGAAGAACUUCCUGGCCACCAGAUGCAGCUCGUCGCCCGAACUGGGACUCUCGCGACCUACCACCCUACCACGCUGACACCUUUUGUACCGCAUACAAGUGCCUUGAAUCGUAGAGGGGACGGUCUGUUGGAGGCGCCGGGUGUCGAGGAGCGUGCUUUAGCGAGUGUAGUGCCCUUCGACCGCUCCCAUGGGAGCCAACAUUCGAUGCCCAGUCUGGAAGCACCCCCUGCCCCGCCAGUUUCCCUGACCGACCUGACCCUCACGACGCCUGACUCACGAGCCGACCUUGACUUGAGCAGUGGUUUUGUGGGAAGCGUGGCCCGCCUUGAGGCUUCGCAUGGCCCACCUGCUUUUGUUUGGGAAGCUAGUCCAAGCGACCAACUUGUUACGGUCACUGAUCGAGCCCGAGAGAGAGACAGUGAGCGUGCUUUGGAUUUACUGGUUGGCGUUCCUACUGACGACGUCAACAUGGGUCCAAUCGAGGAAUGGCGACACCACGCCCUGACGAAUAGUGAAACGGACGAGAUGGAAGUUGAGGAAGAGCAAACUCCUUCUCCAUUGACCACCAUUAUGCUGGAAAUCUCCGACCGCAUCGAGGCGUUACAAAACUGGACCAUGAUGCACGAGCCCGAAAUCACAAACCUCGCUCGCGAAACCACCAACCAACUUUCGACGUUGCGGGCCUCGACUGUUGACCAUGACAACAGACUUGGGGAAUUGGCGCGUCGCUUGUCGGACACAGAGAACCUCAUAUCGGUGGGCUUAUCGGACUCUAUUCGUCCGAUUUCGGAGAGGACGAGCCUGUUGAACGACGAUCUACACACUACCCGUUCGGAAUUCGCCGCGCAGUUAUCGAACUUGCACAAGGAAGUGUUUCAACUUCGCCAGCAAUAUCCUGAGGCCGCUAGCCUGACGUCGCAGUUGUGUCAGGAUAUUCAACUACUUCGGGACCGCGAAACGCCUCGCGAUCUGGUUGAAGCUGCGGUGAACUCACAGAAGAUAGCAAUUUCCGAUUUGGCGCUCCCCUUGCAACAACAACUCGAGAGCGGACUCCCAGCCCAGGAAGCUCACAUCUCGACUACACUUUCGAGCCUCUGCGAUCGCGUCGAAUCACUCGGACGCGGCCUCAACCAAAGCGCCUCGAACCAAAAGUUACACGUCGACGAAUCCCGCCGGCACAUUGCUGCCCUCCAGGAGUCGAAUACCCAACUCCAAGAGCUUGUUACCGCUCUCUCGAACGAGAAGGGGUUACUUCAGAACCGAAUCCAGCUGCUCGAAACACGAAUCGAUCAGCAACAACUCGACUUUGCUGCCCGACUCGACAAACUCGAAUCGAAAACCUUACCUGCGGACACUACCCGUCCACACCUGCAGCCAGCAGCUAUGUCUAAGAUGACGACUGAGCUCGAGGACGUUAAGGACGCGCAACUCUUGGACCAAGCGACUCGUUGCCAAUUUGACGACGAAGAACGGAAACUACUCAUGGGACUCAAGCUCAGUGCUGACAAGACUCACCCCAAUCUGAACAAGUGGUGGAUAUCUUACUCCAAGACCAAGAAUGGCGAUGUCUGGACCGAGAUCUUGGCCGACUUCAUGGACCAAUUCUGUUGCCGCACGGCGCGCGAGAUGAUCGAUCGUCUCUUUGAAGAGUCCGAUCGAUAUGAAGGCGAAUCUGUGCGGGCGUACGCCAUUCGACUCCAGACUAUCUUGGACGAGGUCGACAUCCCGGCUCUGCAAGGCGUGACGAUCUUCCAACGAGGCGUACGACACCCUCUGGUCGAAGCCUGCCUGGAAAACACCGACAAAGAACUCCUGUCGAUUUCGGAUUGCAUGAAGCUACUUCAAUCGCGACAAAUCCGCCUGGACAACCCGCCGAAUCUCCCGCGCAUGGUGCGAUCGGAGUCGGCCUCGACCACGGCGUCCACACUUUCGUCGUUGCGCACGCCCCCUCGGUCGCCGGACAUCCAGCGUCGUGGAUCCAAGGUUGGAUUCGAGGAUCAGUCUACUCUCGAAAAGCUCCUUGGGGCCUUGAUGACGCAGCAACAGCAGCAACAACAGCAAGCCUUUGUUACCCACAUCGAGAAGGCCGACCGCGUUCAGCAAACUCUUCUGGAGGCGUUCAUGAAGUCCAACGCCGCGCCUCGAUACGCUGCCCCAAUCCAACCGACUCAGCCGUCACAUUACGCUGCUUCAUACUCGAUGGCUUCGCACCCGUUCAAACGCAGCCAGUUUCCCCACCUGUCAUGA